AUGGGGUUCCUGGGCUCCAAGAGCUCCCUGUUGGCUUUCCACCUGGGCCUCAUUGCUGGCUUCAUCAGCACCUUCUACCUUGUCAGCAAUGUGAUAUUGGAAGGGCCUCCCCGUCCCAGCACUCAGUCACCACAUGGCUUCAGGGAUUCUGAGUGGAUUGUGGAGAAACUGGCUCUCUUCCGUGUGGCACACCCACAUCUGGCAGGUGAGGAGAGCAGCACGGCCGAUGAGCUGUAUGAUAAAGUACGGAUCCUCUGCUGGGUGAUGACUGGUCCCAAAAAUUUGGAGACAAAGGCUCGCCACGUCAAGGCCACCUGGUCUCGCCAUUGCAACAUGGUCCUCUUCAUGAGCUCGGUGCAAGAUGAAAACUUCCCCACUGUAGGGCUAGAAACCAAGGAAGGUCGGGACCAACUGUACUGGAAAACUAUCCGGGCGUUCCAGUAUGUCCACAAGCACCAUUUGGAGCAGGCGGACUGGUUCCUCAAAGCUGAUGACGACACCUUUGUGGUGCUGGACAAUCUACGGUGGCUCCUUUCCAACUACACUCCCGACAAGCCCAUCUAUUUUGGCAAGCGCUUCCGGCCCUUUGCGAAGCAAGGCUACAUGAGUGGGGGUGCCGGCUACGUUUUGAGCAAGGAGGCCCUGCGGCGCUUUGUGGCUGGCUUCGACACCAAGGUGUGCAGCCACACCACCUCCGUGGAGGACCUUGCCCUGGGCCAGUGCAUGGAGAAGAUGGGUGUGGUGGCAGGGGACUCCCGCGACACAGAGGGGAGAGAGACCUUCCAUCCUUUUGUACCGGAGUCCCACCUGACCGAGAAGUUCUCAAAAAGUUUUUGGUACUGGAACUAUUGUUAUUACCCCAUUGUGGAGGGUCCACAGUGCUGCUCUGACCUGGCUAUCUCCUUCCACUAUGUGAACUCAGAGUUGAUGUACACCCUGGAAUAUCUGACCUACCACCUCCGUGCCUAUGGAUAUCGCCACCGCUACCAUCCUCCUUUGCCCGAGAAUGCCGCUCAUCUCCAGCCCCACCCACAAGGAGAUCCCCUGGAGAGGACGAAUAAUACCACACUGCAGACUGAGAAGAAAAUGUAGAGAUACGUGCUUGGCCGAGGGCUCCAGGGCCCUCGCUUCCCGAGUCUUGCUUUCGACCAUGCAAGUGCCUCAGUACCACGUAGGCCUGUCUGUUCCAUCUCCGUCGCGACCCUCGGGCUAUUUCUCCAUGGGGAACCACCACAGAAAAAAUGGAGCCAAAUAAGUCACACGACCAUAUAGUCUUUCUUUGUUCCUGAGAAUGCAAGCAUGUAUCACCUAGACAGGGUACUUGUGGUGGCAGCCAUUUUAGACCGGUGUGUGCCGAGAAGUUAAGAAUGAGAGAGUUGUAUGUGGCAGUCAUAAGAGUGCAAAUUGUUUGGUUUUAUUAUAGGAGAGGUACCUCAGGUAUCUUGCAACCGUAAAUGAUGCUGCGUGCCAUAGACACUGGGUUAAAAGGAAGGAGAAUAAACAAUAGCUGUCAGGGGUUGGGGGAAAUGUCUCACCGACCUUCACAGUGGAUUAAAAGAAAGGGAUGAUUCCUAUGGUUGUUUGGUGUUCCCCAUGCGCCUACUGAGGCUUUCGCCAAUCAUCUUUCCAUAACCACUAAACUGCAACCACAUGAUAUCAGAGUCAUGUGACAGGAAGAAGGAAGCCAGAGUUAUGAGCUCACUGGUGUCAAAGUGAGGAGGACCAUAGGUAGCAGAGCAAGAGAGACCUAUGGAAGCUGUAAAAUGGCUCAUGGCUUAGCAAACGGGGAUAUGCCACCCACGACAGGGUCCCAAUCCACAGACUGAAGAUCAUGGCAUUAUGGUGAUGGCGGUAAAUGCCUUUUGUCGCACUGAUCUGUUGAUGAAUAUUUCUUCAUAGCUUUGGUCCGUUUCCUAUCAGGAAGAAUAGAAAGGGAGCCAAAUGCAUGUACGAGCUUUUCCAUUCACUUUGACCUAGGCGUGACUCUGCCCUCAUGUGCUGCCUAUGUGCUAGGAAAGUGAACAUAUGUGCAUUCCACAUAUACAACAGUUACGCAUGGGCGUUCAGACCACUUUCAGGUCCAAGCUUCGAAUGCUUGGUUUCCUCCAUG